AUGCAUCUUAAGGGUGUUUUUGCUGAGCACGAAAGCACUGCGUUCCAGGCGUUGAUUCUCGUAAUCAGGGAAAGCGAUGGAAUUGAGACAAUUCUCACCCAGUCAGUCGCUAUCUUGGGGUAUUUAGAAGAAAUCCUCCCCACUUCGACACCACUGAUGUCUCGAGCUGCGGAUCUAGUACAGCGUGCCCGGAUACGAGAGAUGGUGAAUAUAAUCAGCAAUGAUAUUCAACUAUCACUAAUUAAGGAUUGCCAAAAGAGUAUGUGA